AUGUUUAAAGCCAUCAAGUCAUAUGCCGCGCCCAUAUGGGUGGUAAAUUUUGUCGAAGGAACCCGAUUAAAUCCUACCAAGUUAAAAAAUAGUCAACAGUUUGCGAGAGAGAGGGGCCUACCGGUCUUGCAAAAUCUCUUGCUACCUCGUACAAAAGGAUUUGUGGCCUGCGUCCGUCAAUUGCGCGACACUCAUGUGCAAUAUGUCUAUGACAUCACCAUAGCCUAUCGUCACAUCACCCGAGGUUUUCAGUUCCCCCCGAAUCUCAUUCAAGUUCACGCGUGUUCUCCAUUAACGCCCCCCUGGUUAUUCCACGUGCACAUCAGACGUUAUGCAAUCAAGGAUCUGCCCAGGGAUGACAAAGAGUUGAGCGAAUGGGUUCAACAGAUAUUUGUGGAAAAAGAUUCAUUGUUGGAGGAUAUGAAACAUCGAUGGACAGAGAGUGCCAGUUUGGGUCAAGUUCGUGAGGAAAGAUAUUUUGGAUGA